AGGAUUUCGCCUCGCCCGGAGCGACGUCACACCAAGGUGGAAGAAGACUCAUUUUUCCAGCCUGUGUUCAUCCAAAAAAAAAAAAAAAAAAAAAAAAAAAAAAAACACGCUGACAGGCUGAGCGGGAGGAGAGUCGCCUCUACCUGCAGCCGGUGGGCGCCGCCAAUUAUUCACCAACUUUUUCAUCAGCGCGUCAGCUCAGAGCGCGGAGAGAGCGCUCCGCAUCUGACUGCGCAGGGGCAUUUUCAUACCUUCAUCUGCGCUUCUUUACUUCUCCUGCCCGCACAACAGUUUAGCUGUGACAGAACCCCCGAAAGAGAAGCGAGACUCUGCAGCUUAGUGUUGGAUAUUUUCCCCGGCGCAGUAAGUCCUGAGUGUGUUCCUCAUUAGACCACCUUGAAACCAUGUAAGUGCGCUGCGACAGACACAGCACAGCGAUAAUGAAGAGGUUAACCACACCUUUGAGAGCGGACAUCACUUCUCUAGCCACUUGACCGACUUUGUUGCGCAUUAAGAUGCGCCCGGCUGAAGAGGAGGUGGACUUUUGCGCACUCCUUGGCGGACACUUCCCAGAGAGCGUUGACUGAUCCGCGCCGUCAGAGAAAAAAACAAUUGGACCUCCUAUGAUUUUAAGAAACAAUCCCACUCGGUGUUGGCUGAGGUCGUUACGUUGAAGUUUGCUGAAGGGGGAGAAAAAAAAAAUCUCCGUGUGGAAUUGCAGAGAUCAACAUGACGGCUCGUCUCUCUCGGAUCCAGCUGGCCCUGUUCUUUAUUUUGCUCUGUCCGGUCAACAUCAUCGGACUGUGGUGGGCAGUGGGAAGCCCCUUGGUCAUGGACCCCAACAGCAUAUGCAGGAAGGCGAAGCGCCUGGCAGGGAAGCAGGCCGAGUUGUGCCAGACUCAACCAGAAAUCGUCAGCGAGGUGGCCAAAGGAGCGAGGCUGGGCGUCAGAGAGUGCCAGUACCAGUUCAGGUACCGCAGGUGGAAUUGCACAAGCCACAACAAAUACUUUGGCAAAGUACUACAGCAAGAUAUCCGGGAGACAGCAUUCGUCUAUGCCAUCACAGCGGCAGGGGUGACACACGCGGUGACCCAAGCCUGCAGCAUGGGAGAACUCCUUCAAUGUGGAUGUGAAGCGACCAGAAACAAAGCUCCUCCAAGGCCGCCUUCAUCUUCCUCAUCUGGGGACGGGGUUAAAUGGGAGUGGGGCGGUUGCGGCGAUGAUGUCGAGUUUGGUUAUGAAAUGUCCAAAAAGUUUAUGGAUGCCAAGAGGAGGAGAGGGAAAAGUGAUAUCAGGACACUCAUUAACCUUCACAACAACGAGGCUGGGAGGCUGGCCGUGAAACUCCACAUGCGGACUGAAUGCAAGUGCCACGGACUGUCAGGCUCAUGCACCUUGCGCACGUGCUGGAAAAAGAUGCCUCAUUUCCGUGAAGUGGGCGACCGCCUGCUGGAGCGCUUCAACGGUGCUUCCAAGGUGAUGGGCGGCAACGAUGGGAAGACCCUGAUACCCGUCGGCCAGAACAUAAAGCCGCCGGACAAGCAGGAUCUGAUAUACUCUGACGAGUCUCCAGACUUUUGCCUUGCAAAUCGGAAAACGGGCUCGCUGGGAACAAGGGGGCGCAUGUGCAACAGCACGGCCAUGGACAUCAGCGGCUGUGACUUGCUGUGCUGCGAGCGAGGCUACAGGGAGGAGACAGUGGUGUUUGAGGAGAACUGCCUGUGCCGCUUCCAUUGGUGUUGCGUUGUCCAGUGUAAAAAGUGCAUGGUGCGAAAAGAGCUUAGUCUGUGUCACUGAUGAACUGAGGUAAAGAGUAUUCGUAUAUUUUAAUUAUAACCACUUCUGUUACUUUUUAGGUUCUUGCUUUUGUAUUGUUGAUAUGAAAGAAGGAAAAGAUGCAGACUUCUAUGGUUAUCCAUUUUAUAUAUAUUUUUUUACAGUCAAAUAACACACAUGACACCUUUGAUUUGACAUUUAAAACAUUGUUGUUGGAGUUCUAUGAGUUUUGAACAAAUUGAAAACUUUUCAAACUACCUACUAUCUUUUUUUGGGGGAGGUGAGGGGGAGUUCCAAUUAUUUUUUGUCUGUGGACCAAAGAAUGUUCUCUUCCAUUAAAUAAAAAGUAGAAUACAUGGAGGGUCUAUUAUUGAAUAGCUAGGUUUGUUUAAUGACUGGUUCACAUGGUGAGAUUUUCAAAUCUCAGAGACUCCUCUUAGGUAACAACAGGUUUGGACCUACAUUGUGUGGCGACACACAGACUUCACUCACAAACAUUCAGAUGUCAGAUGGAAAAUCCGUCAAAACGUGAAACAUGGCUGACUGGGAAGAACCAAUGGCAGUAGUUUAUGGAUUACAUUUAACAGAGAACAAAAACAAAAAAAACAAUGGAACAGGACAUGUCCAACUUCCGCCUGUCUUGCUGGUGUACUGUGGCAGCUUCGUCUUCUGCAUUCUGAAUUCUCCUCCGUGUUUCUGUCAGCUUGCGUUCUGAUUGGCUACAUGUCACAUUCAACAGGCUGUUUAUCCAGGGGGAACUCCCUACAUCACAAGUUAGAAUACUGGGCCAAGACAACCCAACAUGUUGAACA